GACACAUGUGACAAGCCUCAUCUCACCCGUGCAGGACAGUGAGUAGUUUUGCUUCCCUUCUUCGGCUUCGCAUCCAUCCAUCAGAAUCCACACUUUCAGCAGCAGCCAGCAGCAAAGAAAGCAGAAGCGCUAGCGAUGGCGUUCGUGCCGGUGUGCGUGCAGUGCGGGACGCGGAGCAACCCGUGCCGGUGCAAGGUGGUCGGACCGACGCUGGGGUUCGCGGCGUUCGUGGUGGCCGGGGUCAUCGAGUGGCCGCUGGGGGCAGCAGUGUACCUGUUCCGCCACCGCAAGGGACGCCGCAUCAUGGCGCACCCGGCCACCGUCGUGUACCCGCGCGUCACCAGCGCCAUCUCAAUCUAGUCUAGCUAAUUAAUCGCCCGAUCCAUCCUGUUUCAUGUCGUCCCUUCCUUUUCUCCAGGAUCCUAAUUUGUGAAAUCCUUUUACUCAGCCCUCUUUCUCAAUAAGAUGAGUCGCAAGAGUGUGGUUUCAGUUUGUAUACAUUUGUACUCCGCUUGUAAGCAUCGCCGUCAAUGUACGUAAUACUCUGUAUCUCUUCAAUCCUAUCUGAGUUAACUUCUAGUUAUAAGAUUCAUGGAGCAUGUU